GGCGAGCAGAGGCGGCUGGAGAGGCUGCAAUUCGGAAGCCGGAGGAGAACGGCGGGGCGGAGCGGAGGUGAUCCUCACAUUGAACUGGAGCAUGCAGCUAAUCCUAUGAAUUGUCGAAGCAUGAAGCAAGACUCUCCUGUAACGUGCAUGUGAUGUGAACAAUCCGGGAAUGCAGUGCCCCGUUGAGAGGCUCUUGGCUAGAGAAGCGCACCUCCUUGUUCAAACAAGAAAACCACACGCAGAGAUUUUUUUAGAUACCGUUUUCUCUGGUGCCCUGUGGUACUUGAUAACACACACACAGUCUUGGUGAAAGCUUCAUAGGGUUCUAUUUUUUCUUUCGAUACGAGACUAGCAAGAUGAUCGACCUAAGCUUUCUCACGGAUGAGGAGCAAGAGGCAAUCUUGAAGGUGCUCCAGCGAGAUGCAGAACUGAAGAGUGUUGAAGAGGAGAGGGUCAGGCAUUUACCUGAAAAGGUGAAAGAUGACAGCCAGGUAAAGAACAUGAGCGGGCAGUGGUUUUAUGAAGCCAAGUCCAAGAGGCACAGAGAGAAAAUACAUGGAGCAGACAUCAUCCGGGCAUCAAUCAGGAGGAAGCCCUUGACAAUAGCAGAGAAGAGCCAAAGGAAGUCAGACAAAACAAAGAGCAGUUGGGUGAGCAAUGUCAAUAAAGAAGUCUCCACGCCACCAGAACUGUUGGGUGCCAUAAAAGAGACGGAAGGAGAAUCAAAAUCUAGUCAGAGUCUUAAAGUGCUCAGUGCGGCCUCUAACACAUUAGAGAAGCCCAAGGACGAUUCGAGGAAGCCAUCUGCCUCGCCAUCUAAGCAAAGGAAAAAUCCAUUUAAUGACUCAACUUCACUAGAAGAUAAUGCAAAAAGUGAGCGGUCUGAAAAUGGAAUGAUUGAUUUAUCAGAGGCAACAGAGAAAGACGUUCAAUCGCCUUCAGUAGAAAGCCAACCCAGGGUAAGCUUAACACACCACAAAAGGGCAGGCGGGCCAGAGCAGGCACCUGUAGAACUGAACGAGGCAGGAAAACCUCCUGUACCAAGAGCUAGGAGAAAUGUUCGCAAGACCCCGGAUGUCAGUUUGAAAAGCGAAGAUUCCUUCCCCAAAGGGUCUAGAAGGAUCCAGCAAGUUAAUGGCCAAGGGACGCCGCCCAGAGGCAUCCUGAAACGCAGCUCAAGUUCGAGUUCCACAGAUUCCGAAGUGCUCCGUCUCAACCAAAGCUUGGACCAAACCAAUAAAACUGGUCUACCAGCCUCGACCAUCCUUGAAGGUGUUGCUGAGAAGAACCCUCCUGCAGGGGAAUUGGAAGGAAUUGGAUUUUCUCAAAACUCUUUGGAAAGACUAAAGCAAGUCAGGUUCUCCUCCAACGUAAGUAGGAAAGAGCGUCCACAGAGCUGCGAGUCGCAGGAGGGCAAAGAAUCUGGGGAGUUCAGUUUGUUAGACUCUGACUCCGUUAAGAUCAAUGCAGACCAAGUGGGUGGCAUAGGUGCACUUCGGAGUGGGCAGCCUCUUCCAGUAAAGCCUCCUCGGUCCUGUUCUCCAGCUUUAAAUGGAAAUGCUGAAGAUGCUGGAGCAGUUCAAGAAGGAGAAGCACCUCCAAGUCCUUACAGCACUAGCUGCACGGGUCUGCCUUCACAGUCUGUGAAAAGCCCUCCUGUGGAACCUAUACUCCGAACAGACUCUUCUAACCAGAUCUUUCCCAGAGAAGAGCAAGCUGACGAGACACAGCCUCAGAUCAAAACGAAACAGCUAAGCCCUAAGCCAGAUGUCUCCUCAAAAAACACUACUGGCCAAGAGUUGCCUUUGGCUAAGACAGAAGAGCCUCAGACACCAAAGGUUGGCGCUGCAGACCUUGAACAAGGUUCGGAAGAAGAUAUAAACCCUGUUUUGGAGGCUUUGAAAAGGAGUUCAAAUAGGCAAAUUCCUUCCAAAAGUCUAGAGGACAUACCAUCAGCCACAUCAAAUAAAGGAAAAGUAGACCUUCCAAAGGACGACUUAAUGCUUAGUGCCGAAGAUGUUUCCACAGCACCUUCUUUCCCCGAUAGCCAGUUCUCGCGUCCAGAAAAAAUCAGAAUGAUGAGCAAAUCAGUCCCAGCAUUUCUGCCGGAUGAGAGCGAUGACAGAGAGACAGAUACAGCAUCAGACAGCAGUUAUCCACUUGGCAGAAUCAAGAAGAGCCCCAGUUCGCUAACCAAUCUUAGUGGCUCUUCUGGCUUGGCGUCUUUGUCUUCUGUGAGCACUAGUGUGAUGAGUAUCUACAGUGGAGAUUUUGGCAAUGUGGAUGUGAAAGGGAAUAUCCAGUUUGCCAUUGAUUAUGUGGAACAGCUGAAGGAGCUCCAUAUUUUUAUCGCCCAGUGCAAGGACUUGGCAAUUGCGGAAGUUAAGAAGGAACGUUCAGAUCCGUAUGUGAAGAGUUACUUGCUGCCAGAAAAGUACAAGCUGGGCAAAAGAAAGACAUCUGUGAAGAAGAAAACAUUGAAUCCUGUCUAUAAUGAGAUAUUACGGUAUAAAGUUGACAAGAUCCUCUUGGCAUCCCAGAGACUGAAUAUCUCCGUUUGGCACAACGACACUUUUGGGCGCAAUAGUUUCUUGGGUGAAGUGGAGCUUGACUUGGGCGACUGGGACUGGAAUGACAGGCAAAAGAAACAGAUGAACUGGUACCCGCUUAAACCACGAACUCCACAAGCUGCUCAUGAACUUGAGAACCGAGGGGAGAUAAAGAUUGCGCUCAAGUACAUUCCACAGCCUACUGCGAGUAAGAAGACUCCGGCCACUGGAGAAGUCCAUAUUUGGGUGAAAGAAUGCAACGACCUUCCAAUCCUCAGGGGCAAUAAGCUGAACUCCUUUGUCAAAUGUACCAUUCUUCCAGAUACAAGCAGAAAAAGCCGUCAGAAAACAAGAGCUGUUGCAAAGACGACCAACCCAGUGUUCAAUCAUACAAUGGUUUAUGAUGGAUUCAGGCCUGAAGAUUUGAAAGAAGCUUGCAUAGAACUCACUGUCUGGGAUCACAACAAGUUGGCCAAUCAUUUCCUGGGAGGCCUCAGGAUUGGACUUGGAACAGGUAAAAGCUAUGGUACUCCAGUAGACUGGAUGGAUUCUACAUUAGAUGAAACCAGUUUAUGGGAAAGGAUGAUCGAGUCUCCAAAUACAUGGGUAGAAGACAUGUUGCCACUCAGGCUGCUGAUGACGGCAAAAAUUACGAAAUAGGAUGAUUCUCCGUGGUUGCUUUCAGUUUUGUAUGGCUUGCUAAGCAAAGACCCAGACAUGAACUAAGGGGGCAACAUUCAUGUGUAAAUUGAGCAGAGACAUCUGUGUCUGCAACACAAUUUCCUGCUGUUUUGCUAAACGCUACCUUGAUAAUGCAUAUUUGACAUCUGCCUGUCCACAGGUACUGUGUUUAAAUUAAAUUCUUUAAGCUUUAUUAAAGAUUAAUUAAAAUAUAAAAUGUAUUUAAAAAGUUAUGUACAGUUGUGUGGCCACCUUCAAUAAUGGAUGAGAAAAGUUAAUGAUUUCACUAAGUAAGCUAAAUGUCAACAUGCUUUGCUCUGCCAUUGCUCCUCAAUUCCCAAAGUCAACGUUGAAUCCACCUGGCAAUGCGGCAUUAUUUUGUAGUUGUGACUGUGCAUACCUAAAGCUGUAUCUAAUUCAUAUGCAUCCCACCAUCUUUUAAAAAACCUUAAAUGCUCAAAUUGGGGAAAUCCAUCGUGUGAAAAUUUCUCCACCAUUGCUCCACUUCAUUGGACUGCUGCUUGUGAUGGGUAGGGGAAACUCACAGCAUAUCACCACUCGUUGGCCUGGUUCACAUGCUCAAAACAAGCCACAGUGGCUUAUUUAAUUCGGUGGCUAUUAGCCUAAUUUACCCACCUGGUCACAGCUUGUUGUGUCAUCUGAACCUGGGUGGCUGUCAUGACUAGGCCUGUUCCCCUUAGGCUGGGGGAAGGAGCUUCAGGUGAUCAAUCAGAAUCAGAUUCUGAAGCAGAAGAGACCGCGCCAGAAACAUACCAGCCU